UCAAAUAAACCAGUAUCUGGCGCGCGUCCUCCCCUUCUUGACACCUAGAUUUUUGUUUUGUCUUCCUUUUACAGCUUUCAUGUCUUCCUUUCUAAAUCUCUCUCUCUCUUCAAUGGAUUCCCUCAAUUCUUAAAACCUUUCUCCAUUGUUUUCCUUUUCAUCUUCCAUGAUCUCAGAUCAGAACUCACCACAACAAAGCUCCCUCCUUUUCUUUUUCACCUUCUCUCCACCAUGGUAACCACCAUCCCUCAAUCCCCAAACACCCCAAUUCAAAGUGUUCUCAUUGUCGGUAACUACUGCCACGAUGUCCUUCUCCAAGGCGGCGCCGUCGUCGCCGAAACCCUUGGUGGAGCAGCCUCUUUCAUCUCCAACGUCCUUACCGGCCUUUCCGUUUCUUUCCAUUUAACCUCUAAAGUUGGGGUCGAUUUUAAAUACCCUGUUAACCACGACCCCAUCGUCAUCCCCACUUCCAAAACCACCGUCUUCCACGCCUAUUUCGAUCAGGGUUAUAGCGAAAAUGCUCAUCAGGACCGGGUCUUGAAACGGGUCGAAGUCUGCGAUCCGAUUAAUCCAUCGGAUCUACCCGAUAGAAAGUUCGAUUUUGGAAUGGCGGUUGGGGUUGGCGGGGAGAUAUUACCGGAAACGCUGGAAAGAAUGGUGGAGAUAUGCGACGCCGUUUUCGUUGAUAUCCAAGCUUUGAUCCGUGCUUUCGACGAAAACGGGACGGUAAAGCUUGUGCGGUUAAAAGAGAGUGGGUUUUACCAUUUGUUACCGCGAUUAAAGUUUUUGAAGGCCUCUUCGGACGAGGCACUGUUUAUGGAGGUUGAGGAAGUGAGGCUAUGGUGUUGUGUGGUGGUAACCCAUGGGAAAGAUGGAUGUGAAGUUUAUUGGAAAGAUGGGGAGAUGAAAAUUGCGCCUUUUGGGGCAAACCAGAUUGAUCCAACCGGUGCCGGAGAUAGUUUUUUGGGUGGGUUUGUCGGCGGAUUGGUCCAUGGGUUGGUUGUUCCCGAUGCUGCUUUGGUGGGCAACUUUUUUGGCUCGCUUACCGUGGCUCAUAUUGGUCUCCCUAAGUUCGACUUGAGAUUGUUGCAGAGAAUUAAGGAGGAGGUGCAAACAAGGAAGGUGCAGGGUACGUGCUGGUUGGAGAGAAGAGAUGAUGAGGUGAGUUUCUCAAAGCCGGCUGGGCAUGACGAGUUCCAUGCUUCCCUUAGUUCAUCUAAAUUAGUUUCGGCGGAAUGUCGACGGGAUCUUUCAAGAUCACCAGGGAGCGUAGAGCAGGUUAACCGGCCUCAAUAUAAGGGACAGCAAAAGUUUUUACUAAAUUCUGUUUAUGAUAAAUCAAAUUAAGCAUACCGAGUAUAGUAGGAGCAUUUACCCUUUGGGGCUGUUGUAUCAAAUAAAGUUGGAGAGUGAAGAAAUCUCUUGGAGCUUUGUUUGCCCAGAAAAUCAAUGGCACAUUCUAAAUUAGUAAAUAUUAGGAAGAAUGCCUGCCUGAUAUGAUAUCUAUUCAAAAUUUUACAUGAGAAUUGCAAA